AUGUCAAUUCCAAGUUUUGCUACUUUAUAUUGGGAUGGAGAAAUCAUUAUGGAUGAUGAAGGCUAUGAAUAUUAUGGGGGUUCAUCAACCGUCAUUACUAUUGGUAAACGUAUGAAUUUUGGUACUUUAGGAAUGAAAAUUGUCCGUGGAAUUAAUCUUAAAGGUGGACAUGAAGUUAUAUCGAAAAUCUUAUUCAGACAACCCAUUGAAAAAAAUGGCUCAUUUAAAUGGGAUUGCAUGGGUUUGGCAAACGAUGACGAUGUGAAUAUUAUGUUUAAUUUCAUUGAUGAAAUUGGAGGUAUGUCAUCGAUUGAAUUAUAUAUUGACAUUUUUCGACCAUCUGCAAAUGUUGUUGAUGAAGCGGGCCCAUCAAAUAGUUGUUACACUGAAGCACUUAAGUGUACGGAUGAUUUUGAAUCCGCUAGCAAUGAUUAUUGUCCUGAUGAUGAUGAGGAUGAUGCGGAGUCUGAUGAAGAAUGGAUUGAUAGUGAUGACUGGGACAUGAAUGAGGAUGGUGGUCAUCAUAAUGAGUUAGUAGUAGAUUUGCCUUUUUACUAUAAUACUCAUGUUGCAAACCCAAUAAUGCCGCUUGUCCCUCCUCCGCCUUAUAGUGAAAUAGAUUUUUCAUUGUUAACGGUUGAUCCAUGGUCAACACCACAGUGUAGUUCAAUGUGGGAUCCAUUAAAAGAGUUUGAAUUAGAAAUGAUAUUCUCAUCUAGAGAGGAUGUCCAAAAAGCUGCCAAAGAAUAUCAUUUACAUAGGCACCACGAGUUUUGUAAUGAGGAGACAAAGAGUAGAACAUAUGCCAUCAGGUGCAAAGACACAACGAGCAAUUGUAAGUGGAGAUUGCGUGCCUCACGAGGGAAAGGAAGUGAUAUAUGGAAAAUUACGCGAUAUAGUGGACCACAUACAUGUGUUAAUCCAUCACUGUCACAAGAUCAUAAGCAAUUGGAUAGCAUAUUUAUAUCUGAUUUCAUUCUCGCCAUUGUACGUGAACAACCCAAUGUGAAGAUAGGAGCGUUACAGUCUGAAAUAAAAGAUAAGAUUGGAUAUAUGCCAAGUUAUCGAAAGACCUGGAAGGCUAGGCAUGAUGCAAUUAUUAAGAUCUUUGGUGAUUGGGACGAAUCUUACGGAAGGUUGCGACAAUUUAUGCUUGCUUUGUGCAAACAGAACCCUGAAAGUAUGUUCUUCAUUGAAGAUGAUCCUUUUUUUGUUAAUAAUAGAUUAGAUCCUGCUUAUCGGGUUUUCGAUAGAAUGUUUUGGGCAUAUAAACAAACAAUAGAAGGAUUCAAGAACUGUCGACCGGUUAUAUUCAUAGACUCAACUUUUUUAUAUGGAAAGUACAAAGGAUGUUUAUUUUGUGCAACAACACUUGAUGGUAAUAACCAUAUUUUCCCAAUUGCGUGGGCAAUAGUCGACAGUGAAAAUACAAGGAACUGGGAUUGGUUUAUGUCUUGUUUGAGGGUGUUUGUGACAGAUCGUAAAGGAAUAUGUGUUAUAUCAGAUAGACAUAUUGCCAUAAAAAAGGCAAUGAAUCAAGAUUGGUGGCAGCCUCCUGAUGGGCAUCAUCGAUACUGCUUAAGACAUAUCAUCAGCAAUUACAACACAAACACAACAAUUGGAAAAAAAAAAAUUUAUGAGGCCAUGAACACAAUCAAGAAUGAGCAUCCUGAUACAUUUGAAUGGGCUACAAAGAUACCUUUGGAAAAAUGGACACGUUCUCAUGAUGGAGGGAAACGUUAUGGCUCCAUGACAACUAAUACUGUUGAGUCUGUUAAUGGAAUACUCAAAGGGAUCCGUGCUUUACCCAUAACUGCAAUGGUAGAAAAAAUAUUUUUCCAGUGUGUUGAUUAUUUUGACACACGCUGCACGACCCUCCGUGAGCAACUGCAAAUGGGCUUCAAAUUUACACCAGCAUGUCGUCAAAUAUUACUUGACAAUUUAAAUGAAGCAAACUCAUAUAAUGUCCGAAUCUUUAACCGCGAUUGUGGUGAAUUUGAAGUUUGGAAGGGAAGAUCUGAAACGAAGCAUGUGGUCAAACUUGAUGAAAGGAUAUGCACAUGCAAGAAGUUUGAAGAAAUAUGCAUUCCAUGUUCUCAUGUAAUUGCCGCAUGCCAAGCAAUGUCAAUUAAUUAUGAGCAAACACCAAUGAGUAGCUUAUUUGCUCCAUUUGGCAGACCAUCUAGCAUUGGGCCAUCACAAUAUGCUUCGAGUCAAUUUGGCGGAUAUGGUUCAGAUCAAUACUAUGCACUAUAUCAGUCUGGUGCCUUAGGCCAUAUUCCAUCUGGUGCAGGUCUAUUUGGACACCAUGAACAAGGUGCUAUGCAUUAUACUGCAGGGGGGGAAUCAUCAGGACAACAACAAGGGCAACCUGGCCAACCCCAAGAUGCACAAGGUGAUCCAGAAGAGCAGCAAGAAGGGGGACAACAUCGAGUUCUUCGACCGAGACGACAUAUUCGAAGACCUGGUUGUGGCACAUGA